CGAACCCUGGUUGCUAGCUCGCUGCUUCAACGUUCGCGUUCAAGCUCGCUCGCUGCCUCGUCGGCCGCCGCCGCGCGCGCUCGCUCGCUCGAGGCAUGGCGGAUGGCCUGCUGCGGUGGCUCUGCGUGCUCCCGGGGCGGCGGUGGCGUCGUCGCCGCGGGGGGCGCGCGGCGCGGCUAGUGCUGUGGGGCGGGGAGGCGCGGGCGGCCGAUCCCGGGACGGCGGCGGGGGAGCUCUUGGCGGAGCACGCCGGCUGCGUGGUGUGCCGCGCUGAGGGGUUCCGGAUCGGCCGCCCCGUGCCGGUGCUCGACAUCGAGGACCGCCUCGAGGCCGGGCGCACGUACCUCGUCGUCCCCGUGGACCGCCUUCCGUGCGGCGGAACGGACGGGGUCGUCACCGCGGCGUUGCUCACGGCGCUCUCGCACGCCGGCGGAGGCAAGUCGUCGUCGUCGUCCGCCCCGACGACGUCGCUGGCCGGAGGCUCCAGAAGCCCGUUCGAGUACGUGAAGGACGAGGACGGCCGCACGGUGAUCAGGGUCACGGAGGAGUUCAUCGUGAGGGCCGUCACGGGCGGUGGUGGCAAGCCGCGCGAUCGGGACGCCGACGCCGGCGGGUGCGGGGCGCUUUGCAGCACGCCGGAGCUGAGGAAGCACUACGAGCAGCUGGUGGGCGCUGCGAGGGGGCGGCCGUGGUCGCCGCGGCUGGACACGAUCAAGGAGCGAAAAGGGCGGAGGCUCGUGGACGUCGUGAGCCCGGGGAGGCUGUCGCCGGUGAGGCUGCUGGGGAUGGACAAGGGACUCUCCAGCUAGUAGGAUAGAGCUAGAGAGCUGCAAAAUUGCAAACAAGCCAGCGACAUCAGCACCUCAGAUCUCAAUGGGCUCCAUGCCUUCAUGCAGCUGCUGUGUCUUUGGAUGAAGAUGUCGAUUCUUGGAUGUAUAUGGGUAUUUUUUUUUGGAGAAGAACAUGUACAGCCACGUCUCAUAGCUAAUUCAAAAUUCAAAUAUUCGAA